AUGUAUGAUCGAGCGGCACGUUCAUUUCACCUUAAGAUUGGUUGUACACCAGAUCAUGUUGGACCGGGUAGCUAUGAUCAUCGAAGGAAAAAAAUUGCUGAAGAAAGUUAUGCACCAUUUUUAUCACUUUCCAGUCGUGGUGAUGUAUUUUCUAAUGAUGACAAUCCUGGUCCAGGUCAUUAUGAUAUUCGAAAUGGUCCGUCGCCAACAAUUAAAGUAAGAUAG